GGAGUGAGAGAGCAGUCGCUGCGGUCUGAUCCUGUUCAUCACUCACACCAGCAGCAGCAGCAUCAACUCGGACUUUAUAAACUCUCCAUCCCACAGUCUGGAAUACCAAACCGAGAAACUUGAGAUCGGACAUAAUGUGGAUUUAUCAAGCUCUUCUCUUUGUCGUACUGACCGUGAAUGUGGAGUGCAGGAAACAGACAUUGCAGAGGUAUCAGAAAAGUGAAAACAGCCGACUGCUUUGUACAGACUGUCCAGAAUCCCCUCGAAUUAGGAACCUGUCGCUGGAGGAAUGUGCACGCAAAUGUAGCAAGAGCAAGAAGUCCUGCAGGGCAUUCUACUUUGACCACAUAAACAGGAAAUGUCACUUUCUUCCUUUUGACCGUUUCUCCGAAGGCGCGAAGAGAGAGCGAAAACCCAGUUGUGACCUUUACGAGAAGAAAGACUAUGUGAGGGAGUGCAUCAUUGGGUCAGGUGUCAACUACAAGGGGAGAAGGUCGUUCACAAAGACUGGAAUUACGUGCCAAUCCUGGAAUAUGUCCAUCCCACAUGAGCACAAUUUUAAGCCUGCCAGACACAAAAAGUCUGACCUACGUCAGAACUUUUGUCGAAAUCCAGACAAUGAUCCAAGUGGGCCCUGGUGCUUCACUGAACUCACUGAGACCCGGCACCAGGAUUGUGGGCUUCCUCAGUGUUCAGAUGUGGAGUGUAUGAAGUGUAAUGGGGAAACCUACAGAGGGCCCAUGGAUCACACAGAGAGUGGGAAAGAGUGCCAGAGAUGGGACUCACAGAAACCUCAUAAACACACCUACCAGCCUCACAGACAUGUAGGUAAAGGUCUGGAUGACAACUACUGCCGUAAUCCCAAUAACGACGUGCGUCCGUGGUGUUACACGAUGGACAAAAACAUACCUUGGGAGUACUGUAACAUCAGUGUGUGUGACUCAGAUAGCGAUGUGGAAGUGGAGGUGACCAGCUCUUGUUUUCGGGGUCAAGGAGAGGGCUACAGGGGUACAGUCAACGUGACCCCUGCAGGUGUGACCUGUCAACGCUGGGACGCUCUCUCUCCUCACAUCCAUUCAUACACACCACACAACUAUAAAUGCAAGGAUCUGAGAGAGAACUAUUGCAGAAAUCCCGAUGGUUCUGAAAUUCCCUGGUGUUUCACCACAGACCCAAAAGUACGCAAAGCUUUCUGUACCAACAUCCCCAGAUGCGAAUCGGAGAGCUCUGACAGCACAGAAUGUUAUGAAGACAACGGGGAGAGUUAUCGUGGCAAUUUGUCGAAAACACGAUCUGGUAUUCCUUGCGGACUCUGGUCUGACCACACAUUCAGGAGAGACACGCGGUCAGCGAAGGCCAGCGCGGGUUUAGAGUUGAACUUGUGCAGGAAUCCAGACCGAGAUAAGCACGGGCCAUGGUGCUACACGUCCAACUCCUCUAUUCCCUGGGACUACUGCGGACUGGAGCGCUGUAAAUCAAUGACAUCGGAUGACCAUCAAAUGAGUGGAGGACCAAAACCAUCUUGUUUUAUACAUAAAACUACACGGAUUGUUGGGGGAAUGCGAGUGCAGCGGGCAGAGGAUGGAAGUUGGGUGGUCAGCAUUCAGAAAGGGAACAGACACUGGUGCGGUGGCUCUCUCAUCAGAGAAGAAUGGGUUCUCACUGAUCAGCAGUGCUUCUCCACCUGCGUUCCUGACCUCUCCGAGUACACCGUGCAGGUGGGGCUUCUUCAUCUCAAUGCAUCCGCCGGCACGCAGGCUCUCCGCAUCGCACAUGUGGUCUGCGGGCCCGAGGGAUCCAACUUGGCCCUGCUCAAACUCACAACGCCUGCCCCUCUCUCUGAGCAUGUGCGAACUGUCCAGCUUCCUGUCGCUGGCUGUGCCGUUGCAGAAGGCACCCUGUGUCUAAUGUACGGAUGGGGAGACACUAAAGGUACAGGCCAUGAGGGCAGUUUGAAGAUGGUGGGACUUCCAAUUGUCAGCAACAAGAGGUGUUCCCAAAGCCACAAUGGCAUCCUGCCCAUCACCGAGACCAAAAUCUGUGCUGGAGGGAAGAGAGAUCAGGGCGUUUGUGAGAAAGACUACGGUGGCCCAUUGGUGUGCCAGGAACGAGAGAGCAAAGUGAUAGUUGGCGUCAGCAUCAACGGCCGCGGUUGUGCCGUAGCCAGACGUCCUGCCGUCUUCGUCAACGUGGCCUUCUACUCUGAAUGGAUCCGCAAGGUCUUCAAGUACUAUUCAGACAUCGAAAUAAGUUACUAGAUCUUCGUAUAUGGUAAAUAGGACUAAAUAAUAUAGCAUCUACAUCAUGAAGGAAGAUUAGCAUUCAAACAACUUGGAGGCUAAAGUUUGCUUUGGUGUUUAGAUGUUGCAUUACAUCCACUGGUACGGAAAAGGUGCAAGACAAGAAUAUUCAAUGUUUUUGUGAACAAAUGGAGGAAAUGACAACAUCUGAACUCUUUUUAGGAGAUUGUUGUGGCUGGUGAGAAAUCAAGGACAGAUGAUGAACGAACUGUGGCGUUCAUCCAUGUGAGAGCAGAUGUUGUUCUUAAUGUCAUUCCCUGGAAUUACUUGAAGACGACAUUUUUGGCUUUUGUUUUUUGCAGCUCGCUGAAUUUUACAGUGCUUUUGAGGACGAGAUUCAGUAUCACUGUUUCCAAAACACCUUUUUUAACAUCGGUUACUUUAGAAAUCAGAUAGGAAACCGCAAUAUGCGCUGCGGUUAGUAUAUAAACACCUGUCUGGUGCAUUAUCAGACACUUCCAGAAGGUUUCAGUGAUUGUCUAAUGUUUCGCACCUUGCCUUACUCCAGUUUGGAGAGUUUUUGUGGCUCCUUUGGGGCUGUUUUCUUUUUUUUUAUGUACUGCACUCUAAAGAGUGUGCUAAAAUGUCACUCUGUAGGUCUUAUAGAUCUGAAAUUACAAACAUCUGAAGGUCUUUCCUUUCACAUGGUGUAAUUUAUAUAUAUAUAUCUGUCGAAAUUUUAUACGCAGUAUUUAUUUAUACCUUUUUUAGAUGGACCCGAGCCGUGGCAUUUCAUCCUCCAGUAGUGUUUAUUGUGUUUAAUCUGGCGUGCAGAUUUGAAUCAUAACAUUUGUAAACAAAACAAAACGGAUGAUAUGUCUUUAAAGGAAAAUAUUGGGUCAUAACAGAGCGCUUCGACUCAAAGACGACUCCCUGAAGGUUUGUUAGCCACACAUGUGGAGGGUCUUUUAAGAACAAGUUUGGCCAUGAGUGCAAAGAUACUUCAUCAAACUGCAGUACUAAAUAGAGUAACGCACAGGCAGGGUAUAAAGGUUUUUACAAGGUUUUUACAAGUACAAGAAUGUAUUUGAUUGUAAAUGUUGUGUUCGCUAUAUGUGUAUAUGGAAAAGUGCCUGUUUUUGUGGUGUUUUAUACAUUUUCGCAGUUAAUGUAAUUCCUCUUUGCGCUGCUGCCCUCAUUGGUCGUUUUAUUGAAUAUCUAGGCUGCUGUUAUCAUUAUUUUUAGGACUGUUUUGUAUUUUCAACUUUUCGAAAUGUACGUAAAUAUACC